AUGUCAGCCGAGGACAGUCACGUUACUAAAGCGAAGAAAAGGAAACUGGACGGUUGUGACCCUGCCUGGAGGAAGUUAAUGGACCAAAGAAGAUGUCGAGUUAACAUAGGAGAGGCUUUUACACGUUGGAGAGCGUUAAAGAUCCAGAGAGGAUUGGAAACUGAUGCAGAGGUGGCGCUGUUUUUACUGGACUGCUUUCCAACAGAAGGGAGCUUCUCAGCCAAGUUACAUUCAACACAAGGAGUAGACUGGUCUUCAUCAGAUGAAUCAUUUGCUGAGGCUUCAGACAGAUGCAGUUUUGUCACCCUAAGUAAAGAGGUGUUGCUGAUUCUGAUGUACCGCUGUUUGGAGUGUUCCAGUGAAUGUCAGAUCCAAGGAAAAGGUAAAGGAGGGAGUCUGACACUCAGACAAGAGUGUCUGAUCUGCUCUAACUGUCGAGUGUGGACGUCUCAGACUGUGUGUCCGCCAAAGAACAAGGUAGAUGAUAUUUCCUUGAUCCUGUCUUGUGAUGAUGUUGGCCUGCAGACAUCUGAGAACGUAUCUGCGACUGUUGACCAGGAUCAAGCACAGACACAACCGGGCAAAGCUUCAGUAAAUACUGAAGAGAACAUCUCAAGUCGUGCAGUACAAUUGGAGCAAGAUGAACCAAAGCAGGAGGACAAGAGUCUUCUUAAAGAGACACAUGAAGACAAUUCCUCUGGCCCAACUGUGGACAGGGUUGACGAUGAUGGCUUAAAUCUUGCAAAGGUGAAAAAUGAGACGGCUGAAUCUGCUGAACCUGAGCCACUGGGAGAAAUGUUUAUUGGUGAGGAUGGCAGAGCGAAGCCAGCUGACGAAGCAACUCAUGAGUCCUCCAGAAAAAGGCAGCACGAGGGUUCGCAUGGGUGCCUGUCGAACUCCUCAUAUGAGUUCACCGAGAGUUCCGAAGAAGAAUCUGAGGUGGAGUCGACCAAAAAGUCCCAGAAACUGUUUCAGAACACCAUUAAACCAGUCAUUUGGUGUUUAGACUGCGAAGCUGUAGCCAAAAUGCUGUGUACAGUACGCCGGCACCAGAGAAUCUACGGAUGUAUGGAGUGUGGCGACAGGAACAGUGCUGAGAGUGAAAGUGUCCGAGAUUUCUCAGUUCAUUUCAGCGACAUCGUUAGUUUUCAUAAGCACGCCAUGGAUGUGCAUGGCGCCUCAGAAAACCAGUGCGAACGCAAAAUGUGUCCAGACUGUAAUAAGUCAUUCAAGGUGGACACGGACCCCAACAAAAAGGGCCACGUGUGUGCGUACAAGAUCAAACCGUUCUCCUGCGACCUGUGUCGCAAACGAUUCUCUACGGAAAACGGUCAAAAAGUGCACCACCGGCGGCUGCACGGAGACUACACGCACAUAUGCAAGUACUGCAUGAUGGCAUUUAACACCAAACCAUCUAAGCUUGACCACGAGCUGUCCCACAGCCAAGACAAGCUGCCCUAUAUCUGUCCUGACUGCCCUGAGAAGUUCAAAGAUUUUGUAACACGCAACCAGCACUUGAAGACUCACAGAGGCCAAAAGAAAUUCAUCUGCCACGCCUGCAACAGGAUAUUCGUUUCUCUCCAGAGAUACGAAAGGCACAUGCGCAUACAUUCUGGCGAGAAGCCUUAUACGUGUGCGGUUUGCGAGCGCUCCUUCAACCAGGACGGACACCUGAAGUCCCACAUGCGUCUCCACACGGGAGAGAAGCCGUUCAUGUGUGAGCGAUGCGGGACAUGUUUUAACCACAAUGUCAGCCUGAAGAACCAUCUGCGGAGACAGCAUGGCAUGAACUCCAACCACAUGUCAGUAAAAGAAAAGAAACAGAGAGGUCGACCCACCGAGAGAAGUUACUCCUCCGAUAAAGGUCAGCGUAAAAAGCAAAAACCAAAGAGCUCUUCCAAAUACUCUGCUGAGGGGGUGGCUCAAGACUUAGACUCUCUUUCAGAGAGCUCGGAAACUGACUCUGAUGGGGAGCAACAAGAAAGAGGACAGCCGAGAAAAGCCAGGAAGAAGAAACUAAUCAAAAAUAAUGCUGAUGAAGACAAAUAGCCUGAAGAUUGGUCAUGUCAGGAUACCAUCAAGGCCAGUGAGGAUAGAAGACCUUGCUUAAGGCCCAAAGGUUUGGUGCUGUUUGGUGUUGGCAGGACUUAAACCCUCAACCUUCUGCUCCAUAGAGAACUGAAACUGAAAAGACAUGUCAGUAGAUGUACAAGGAAAGUUACCCAGAUCCCGAUUUGCUCUUUUCAACAGUGCAUGGACAUUUUCUGUCUGGGUUUAGAACUGUUGGUGCAUGAGUUCAUGGGGUUGGUGAAUCCUAAUGAUAAAGUACAUGUAGAUUAUGGAUAUAAUGGGUAAAAAGCUGUCCGUCUCAAAUUGCCAACUGCUGUACUACAAGUAUUCAUAUACUAUGAUGUCUACAUUGUAAAAUAAAAUGUAAUAUAUAUAU